AUGAACCGAUUUGAAUAUUGUCAGGCACGUCUGUUCGAAGGCGAAUCCUUUGUGGCAAAAGAUCGGAACAUAAAGCUUUACGAUGGCGACGAAAAGACAAACUACGAAGAUGGCGAAAUCGUGUUGACUAGUCACCGGUUGCUGUGGGGCCGUAACGGAGAAAUUGCACGAGGAGGCAACUGUUUGGAGAUGAAGUUAAAAUACGUGCUGUUCGUGGAUGAGGAGGAAGCCAGCUCGAUGUUGUUCGGUCGAAAGAAACGCAUCAUUUUGCGUCUGAGCGAACUAGCACCGGACAAGAAACCCGGUCCCAUGGAUCACAGUUGCUCAUCCUUUGUGAAACUAUCCGGCCGCAAUGGAGUUGAACAGGCGUUCAUUCAGGCACUGCAUUCUACGUUGGCGGCUUGUAUUUGGGCUGUAUCGGAUAAUUCAACUCAAUCCAGCACUUCAUCUGACCCGUCAGCUGCUGCCGGGCCCAGCACAGAUGCAGGGAAGCAACGCCAGUUACGCAUCGGCAUAGUAGGCAUUGAGCGUAAUUUGGUCGAAAAACAAAAACAAACGGAUGCCAACAUUAACCUUGCGUUCAAAGAUCUGGGCAAGCUGAUGGGAAUGGCCAAGGAUAUGGUGGCCAUAACGAAUGCGGUUAGUGCAAAGAUACGCGAACGCCAGGGCGAAAUAUCGGAGGACGAAACAGUACGUUUCAAGUCGUAUUUAUUGAGCCUCGGUAUUGAUGAUCCUGUUACGAGGGAUGGAACGCGUAGCAAUUCGGAAUAUUUCCUCAAGCUCUCGCGACAACUGUGCGAGAUGCUACUUGAUCCGAUCACCGAAGCAGGCGGCAUGAUGUCGCUAGCCGAUGUUUACUGCCGCGUAAAUCGGGCCCGCGGUUUAGAGUUACUUUCGCCCGAAGAUUUACUGGAGGCGUGCCGACUGCUAAUGGGGCCUAUUAAACUUCGCGAAUUUCCGAGCGGAGCAAUGGUACUGCAGCUAGAGUCGCAUGACGAUGCGCUGGUUUCGGAACGCACCGUAGAAUUAGUGGAGCAGAAUGUGUCCAUGAGCCCUGAUGAAUUGGCGCGCCUCGAGUGUAUAUCGCUGUUGUUAGCCCGUGAACGUUUACUAACAGCUGAAGGCUUUGGGCAGCUAUGCCGCGACGAAUCAAUCGAAGGUUUGCGGUUCUAUCUGAACAGAUUCGUGCACUGUUGA